UGGCUCAGCUCAUUCAAAAAGAUACACAUAAAUAUGUUUGCAUCUGCCCUGAAAUCUCUGGGGUUCCUGAGACUCCACUGCCGUAAUGAUUCUAAAGACUUGGAUGACAGAAAACAAAAGGCUCAGCCCCGAUUUCGUCCCACUGCAGACCUGGCUGGACACAUCUGAAGACCAGGAACGAGGUUCUCAGAACAAACUUACUCUUCACAAGCCAGGGCAAGUUGUGGAGAAACUGAGCGGGGAACCUUUAGAAUCGCGAACGCUAUACAGGCCCGGGAAGAUACACGGCGGUCCCCCUUUCACAGACACUCGCCCAACACCGACUUGGAAAAGCAACAUGCUCUGUGGGCGACACCUAGGCUUAUCCUGGACCUAGGGGACGGCAGACACGCACAUCCCCGCAUUGCUCAAGGGUCGAGUCAUGGGCUGCGGGUGCAAGUGAACGCCGACGCCGCUGCCUCGGACACGCAGGGCCCUUCCCCGCGACCCAAGCAGUCCUGCGCCGAGCUUCCACUCGGGGACACCGGCGCCUCCCAGCCUCGCUUCUCAAGCGGCAGCUGACAAGGGGCGGCGACCGCCGGAGGCCCCAGGACGUCACCGGCGCGGUCGAGCCUCCAGACCGCCCCCGCGCGCCUUCCUCCUCUAUUUCGCCCGUGACGCCGAGGCCAGGACAACCGGCACUUAAGUGCACGCCGGGCCGCGCGCGCCAGCCCGCCACCGCCUAGCGCAGUGCGGCCGGAAGAUGGCGGCUUUCAAACUCCUUUCCUCGGGGCUUCGGCUCGGCGCCUCUGCUCGCAGCUCUGGGGCUGCCUGGUCCAAGGGGUGUGUUUGCUACUUUUCAACAAGUACCCACCACCAUACCAAAUUUUAUACUGAUGCAGUGGAAGCUGUAAAAGACAUCCCAGAUGGUGCAACCAUUCUAGUUGGUGGUUUUGGGCUGUGUGGAAUUCCAGAGAAUCUUAUAGGAGCUCUGCUGCAAACUGGAGUGAAAGGGCUAACUGCAGUCAGCAACAACGCAGGGGUUGACAACUUUGGCUUGGGCCUUUUACUUCGAUCCAAGCAGAUAAAACGGAUGGUGUCUUCAUAUGUGGGGGAAAAUGCAGAGUUUGAACGACAGUUCUUAUCUGGUGAAUUAGAAGUAGAGCUGACACCUCAGGGUACACUUGCAGAGAGGAUUCGCGCAGGUGGGGCUGGAGUUCCUGCGUUUUACACCAGCACAGGGUAUGGGACCCUGGUGCAAGAAGGAGGAGCACCCAUCAAGUACAACAAGGAUGGCAGCAUUGCUAUUGCCAGUAAGCCGAGAGAGGUGAGGGAGUUCAAUGGCCAGCAGUUUAUUCUGGAAGAAGCAAUUACAGGGGAUUUUGCUCUGGUGAAGGCCUGGAAAGCAGACCAAGCAGGAAAUGUGAUUUUCAGGAAAAGUGCAAGGAAUUUUAAUUUGCCAAUGUGUAAAGCUGCAGAAACCACAGUGGUGGAGGUUGAAGAAAUUGUGGAUAUUGGGUCAUUUGCUCCCGAAGAUAUCCAUAUUCCUAAGAUUUAUGUACACCGCCUUAUAAAGGGAGAAAAAUAUGAGAAAAGAAUUGAGCGUUUAUCAAUCCGGAAGAAAGAUGAUGGAAAAGCCAAAUCUGCUAAGCCUGCAGAUAAUGUAAGGGAACGUAUCAUCAGACGGGCAGCUCUUGAAUUCGAAGACGGCAUGUAUGCUAAUUUGGGCAUAGGAAUCCCUCUUCUGGCUAGCAACUUUAUAAGCCCAAAUAUGACUGUUCAUCUUCAAAGUGAAAAUGGAGUCCUGGGUUUGGGUCCAUAUCCAUUAGAACAUGAAGCUGAUGCAGACCUAAUUAAUGCAGGCAAGGAAACAGUUACUGUUCUUCCAGGAGCCUCUUUUUUCUCCAGCGAUGAAUCAUUUGCAAUGAUUAGAGGGGGACAUGUUGAUUUAACAAUGCUAGGAGCAAUGCAGGUUUCCAAAUAUGGUGACCUCGCCAAUUGGAUGAUACCUGGGAAGAUGGUGAAAGGAAUGGGAGGUGCUAUGGAUUUAGUGUCCAGUGCCAAAACCAAAGUGGUGGUCACCAUGGAGCAUUCUGCAAAGGGAAAUGCACAUAAAAUCAUGGAAAAAUGUACAUUACCACUUACUGGAAAGCAAUGUGUCAACCGCAUUAUUACAGAAAAGGCUGUGUUUGACGUGGACAAGAAGAAAGGGCUUACUCUGAUUGAGCUCUGGGAAGGCCUGACAGUGGAUGACAUACAAAAGAGCACUGGGUGUGAUUUUGCAGUUUCACCAAAGCUCAUCCCAAUGCAGCAGAUCACAACUUGAAAUGUGGAACAGAAAUUAUCCCCGGCUAUUAGUUUUUCAUUUUAAACUCAUAGGAUUUCAUUAAAAAGACGUCAGGAUCACAACUGUAUAUUUAACAAGCUGUUUUGAUAAGUUUUCUUUUAGUAAUUCAGGACUUACACAGCCGUAUAGACUUUGUUCUCAAGCAUGUUAUGACAUUUUAAUGAAAACAGAGGGAAAAUAUUUAUGCUUACCUUGUUUUGUAAGUGCUGAGAAGGUUGUCUUUUUAGCAUUGGUGCUCAUGUUGGAUGUACUCAUAUCUUUAUCUUGUGUGGUAGAUUAUAUGCAGUAUUCACUAAAGUUAGGCCCUAGCAAGAGUUUCAUUGAUAUGCUUUCCUUCAUAAUUAAACUAUGGCUUAAUAGUCCUGAGGAAAAAAUAUGUGUGAAUUUGAUAUUCGGAAGAAUGCUCUCUUAAUGAUUAUUUUUCCUUCAGCUGUCUUUGCCUUUCAUUAGGGGCUCUGAUUUUGUGAUUAUGUCUUGUUUCCUUAGACGAUUCCCUUUCCGCCCAUACACUUUGUAACUAAAUAGAUACCCAAGAAGACAAGGGGAAAUGUCUCUGGGAAGAAAGAUAACUGGAAGAAAGAUAACUAAAAAAAAAAAUGUUUUCAAAAGGAUCCUAGGGAUUUAUGGUGAAAGAAGGUAUAGACUCUGAAUUGGUGCUGAAAUCUCACUAAGAAUUUGCCUUUAUGGACAAUCAUGCAUCUAUUUGUGCCUUCCCAAAGUCUAAGGAAGAGGGCUAGAAACCUAACUAAUCAACAGAAACAGCUUUAAAGUUUUCAAAAACAACAUUGUAUUCUUUUAUAUCCAGAAAAAUUCUUAAGAUUGUUUCUCUCUGCUAAGGCCCAGUAGGCUACUUGUACUUACUGUUAGGCCAAGAAUGGCUAUGAGUAAUUUAUCACAAUGAGAACAGAAUUCAAAGACAGGAAAAUAACAGACAUGUACAUUUUUAAGCUCAUAUUUAUCUUCAAGAAAGAUUUUAGAUACUCAGUGAUUUUCUGUGGAAUGAUUGUUUUCUUUUCCCUAUGGUACUUUACAAAAGUAGUUCUAAUUUAACCUUAUCUGGAUAGUGGAACUCAUAAUGGGCAAGACAUGGAUUUGAAAAAUGGGUGAACUUUUAGUGUUGGCACUGAACAGGAUAGAUUAGAUUUAUAAGAAGUGCUUUCUCAAGGACAUCCUCAACACCAGACAGUUACUGGGGCAACAGGGCACUUCAGAAAUACCCUGGGUGUCAGAAGCAAGACAAUGUAGAACGUGUGACGGCACACUGGACAGCAGGCCUCUGGACAGAUGGAGGCAUACUGCAGUGUAAUAUAUAACUAUCUUGCCAUUCAGUAUAGGGAUUUAUGCAUAUUUUAGGUGAUAGUUGUUAAUGAAAGUCACUUCUUGUCAUAUAUAAUAUUCAAGGGAAAAGAGAAUUGUUUUUAUAAGUACCACACUUAAUGUAUUAAAUGGCCUUUCUGGCAGGCUGCAUGUUUGAAAGCAUAUACUCCCAGUACUAGUUAAAAAAACAAAAUAACUUUUCUUAUAAUGUACUCGGUACAUGAGGGUAAUAUAUAUCUAUAUUAGAGUUAUAAUCUGGAAAAAAUAUUUUAUUGAUUGAUGUAGUUUCAAAGUUACUUGCUUAUCAUUCCAAUCUUUAACAUGUGAUUCUAAAAAUGUUCUAAACAGUGGCAAAGUCUAAGUUAAUAACUCAAUAUUCUUGGUCAAAGAGUGCUGACAUGUUAACAACUGCAUUAAGAAAUACAAUAAAGAUCCAACUAGAAAGAGA